AUGGCGCUUUUCAGAUCAAGAUCAGUGGGUGAGGACGUCGGCCCCACCCUGGUUGCCAUCAACAAAGAUAAGAACAGCCAGUGUGCUGUAAAAUGGGCAGUUGACAACCUUUUGGGCGACAAGAACGCUCAUUGCACCCUCAUUCACGUUAGAAGCCACAGCUUUCAUCAUCAUGAUCAUGGAGCAGUCUCUAAAGAUGGCCGCCCACCAACUGAAGCCGAGUUGCAACAGUUCUUUCUCCCCUACCGAGGAUUCUGUGCACGAAAAGGGAUUGUAGCCAAGGAAGUUGUCCUCCACGACAUUGAUGUUCCAAAUGCGCUUGUCGAUUAUGUUGUUCGCAACUCCAUAUGCAAUAUUGUUGUUGGUGCUUCCCAUCACAAUGCUCUGACAAGAAAAUUUAGGCCUGCAGAUGUGGCUACUUCCUUACUCAAAUCUGUACCAGAAACCUGUGCUGUAUAUGUUAUAUCCAAAGGAAAAAUUCAGACUUCACGGUCAGCAACUGGACCUCAAACACCGAAAAGUAAUGGAGCUACUCCCAGGAAUAAUAGCUCGCAACGGACACCGCUUUCCAGCUUUCUUCACGGUGUGUCAGCCUUCGAAGAUGUGAUCAGGUAUCAUUUUAUGCUUGAUGAUGCAAGUAAAAAACACAUCGACUGUCAAGGGAGUUCAGCUGGUAGAAUACCUUUGGAUAAAAAAGCUGAUUUUAAGCACGUCCCGCCAAAAGCACAUAGGUCUGGCAGCAAAACAAAUUCACCAACGCAGUCAGUUACAUCAGUUACGUCAGAUAAGCUAUACCAUGGGAAUUCCAUGUCAGGUGGUAGUGAUUUCUCAGGGCCACUUAGUUUCCAAUCAAAUGGAUCUGACAAUGUAGACUUCUCAAUGAACUCGGAGGGUUCCAUUAACUCUUUCUCCUCACAUACGCCGUCCGCCUUGGAUGCUGAGAUGAGGAGAUUAAGGCUUGAAUUGAAGCAAACUAUGGAUAUGUAUACUUCAGCUUGCAAAGAAGCUUUGGCAGCUAAGGAAAAGACGCGGGACCUGCAAAAAUGGAAGACAUCAGAAGAGCAUAAGCUAGAGGAAGCCAAGCUUGCGGAAGAGGCUGCACUGGCUUUGGCUGAUGUGGAGAGGCAGAAGAGCAAGGCUGCAACGGAAGCAGCACAGAUGGCACAACGACUAGCAGGUAUGGAAACCCAUAAGAGAAAAAUUGCAGAAAGGAAAGCCAAGCAGGAGGCUGGAGAGAGAAGGAGAGCAAUGGAUGCUUUGGCACAUAACCACAUUCGGUAUAGAAGAUACACCAUUGAAGAAAUUGAACUUGCAACAGAUUACUUUAAAAUUUCAAACAAGGUAGGGGAAGGUGGAUAUGGACCUGUUUAUAGAGCCUGGCUUGAUCACACUGCUGUUGCCAUCAAGGUCUUGAGGCCAGACAUAUCACAGGGGCAAAGGCAAUUCCAACAAGAGGUUGAGGUUUUGAGCUGCAUUAGGCAUCCACACAUGGUUCUCCUAGUAGGUGCCUGCCCAGAGUAUGGCUGCCUCAUAUAUGAGUACAUGGAAAAUGGAAGCUUAGAAGACCGGCUCUUCCUGAAGAGCAACACUCCUCCAAUCCCAUGGGGAGUCCGAUUUAAAAUAGCUGCUGAAAUUGCAACUGCCCUCCUUUUUCUUCACCAGACAAAACCAGAGCCGUUGGUGCAUCGCGACCUCAAGCCAGCAAACAUUCUCCUAGACCGAAACUAUGUGAGCAAGAUUGCUGAUGUAGGCUUGGCUAGGCUAGUUCCACCAUCUGUAGCUGAUGCUGUCACUCAAUACCGCGUGACAGCAGCAGCCGGUACAUUUUGUUACAUUGAUCCAGAGUAUCAGCAAACAGGAAUGUUGGGUGUGAAAUCAGACAUAUAUUCUUUAGGGGUGAUGCUACUGCAGAUCAUCACAGCAAAGCCUGCAAUGGGUUUGUCCCACCAGGUUGAGGAGGCUAUUGAGAAAGGUGCAUUUGCUGAGACACUUGAUCCUGCAGUGACAGACUGGCCUGUUGAAGAGGCUUUGUCGUAUGCAAAAAUGGCCUUGAAAUGCUGUGAACUGAGGAGGAGGGACAGGCCAGAUCUCAGUACAGUCAUCUUGCCUGAGCUGAACCGGCUAAGAGAUCUUGGGAUGAAAAAUGAAGCGAGUGAAGUUGCCAAUGGACAAGAUCCAUACGUGUCACAAUUUUCAACGUCGCUUCCACCAGUUGGAUCAACCUCAUCUGCAAGCCAGGAAGGAAUGAGAGAAAAUCCUAAUGUGGAAAAUGGAAAUUCAACGUAGAUCAAUGUAAGAAGGCUGCUGCGGAUGGAGUCUGUGGGGAAAAUGUGGAGCUUCAAGAACAAUUUUCAGCUCAAACGCGGUUCUGCUACAUCAUGCAGCAGCAGCAGCAGCAGCAGCAAAAAACAUGCAGGAAAAUUAAACAAGAAGCAGAUGGAGGGUUGUUGGUCGUUUGUAAGCAAUUGCUCUUCUGUGCCUCAUGCUCCACCUUUGAAGAGGUUCAGUUCAUUUGGAUUCUAAUGAAGUGAACUCAUUCUUUGAUGCCUUCAUUGAAGACAUUUGACAUGGAACUUGUUAUGUUACUGUGAUGUUAAGUCAAAACAAACGCAAUAAGCAGUUUCCAAACAGAGAAAUAUAAAACUAGAGAGAGAGAGAGAGAGAGAGAGAGAGAGAGAGAGAGAGAGAGAGAGAAUAAAUCCAUUUGGAGUGAUGUUGCCAAAAGAAGAAGAAUUUUGAGUGAAAACAGGGUCACUCGAACCGCGUCACG